AUGAACAACAUUCUGAGGAGUAUCAAGAGCAUUGGAAGCGGCCUGAUAUUUACGAUAGACAAGGAGCUGAUAUGCAGCGACAUAUACACGUCUUAUGCAGGGUACUAUAAGAAUAAAGAAUGCACAAUAUUUAAAUACAAAAACAGCUACAGCAAAGUGGCGGAGGAGUCCUAUCCUCUAAUAAAGUAUGCCCAGGACGUGCUCCACAUAAUGCCAGAGGUGCUUGCGUGCCAAAAGCACGCGGGGUAUUUCUACAUAGUCACCAGCAAAAUAUUUCCGUUUGUUUCGCAGGAAGACGUUCUAAGCAAGGCACACAGGUACAAGCUGUUCAACCAGUUUAUAUCCACGAAUGUUUCGGUGAUCAACAAUGCCUUGCUAAAAAAGAACAGCAUAAUUCUGACAUCAAUAAGAAACAUCCCCGGGGCAGGCGCGGACAAAGACGGGGCGGGCAGCCUGGAAAGCAACGGGCGCGGAAUGCAAAAAAGCAGCGGCGAGUCUGGCCAGCUGCGCAGCGAGGCGCCAUGCACUGGCGAGAUAGACUACUGCGAUAUAUACUACGACGAAAACGACAACACCCGGGUUAUGAUAUUUCCCAUUUUUAGCGACAAAAACCCGCUGAACAGCGCGCCAAACAUCAUAUCCGACCUGCACGAGAUUGUAGGCACUGAGCAGUACUCCGAAAUAUACAAGCUGCUGCUGCACAACAGCAAGGAGCUGCCCGGCCACUAUGCAAGGUUUGUUAUAAGGAGCUUGCUGAAAUACAUAGACGAAAAGAACGUCAAAAUAAAAGAGAGUGAGGAAGUCCUGCGAAAGUGCAGCACAAUCCCAGGCUCCGCAGGGAAAAGCACCCGGGGCGAUCUGCACUAUGUUAUAAACAGCAUAUUCCUGUUCGACACGCAGCACAUAGAAAGCAGCAUGGCAGAAAAAGCCAGCUCCACAAUACUGUACAUAUUGCUGUACCUUGUGAACCUCGGGCUGUUUGAGCUGAGCAUUUCAGAGAUAAACAGCCUGUUUUCGAGCAUGCACAAGAACCUUACAAAGUUCAAGAAAAUGAAGCCGAAGGUGCUCGAGGUUUUUUUCAACUCUCUCAACAUGCUGAGCAGCACCAACAAAGCGCUGUUUAUACAGUUCCUCAUAAAAGACUGCAUAGCGGAGGACAUGUCGGAGCCGCUGAAGAAACACAUAAAUGUUCUGAUAGAGGUGGACAACGUGUUUGGCCUUCUGAUGGCGCUCCUUACAGCAAGCAACAUGGAGAACUACAAGGUUGGAAUGCAUUUUCUGUAUAGCAAAAUAGACCGGAUCGAGAUGGAGGGGCUUGUUGAAAUCAUGUGCACGGUGAGCAAACGCUGUCUGGAGGAGGAGACCGCAAAGAUAUCUAUUGCGCUUCUGAAGUUUAUUGUAGACUACAUGGAGAAGAACGUCCACGAGAUAAAAAACAGCAAGUGGCAGCUGCUGAAAAGCAAAAAGAUAAAAAACCAAAAGAAAGCAAAGGCCUCAGAGAAGGAGUCUGAGUGGGCAAGAAGGAACCUGGAGCAAACAAGCAGCAAGCAGAGAGUUCUGGAGGCGCAUAGAGAAAACCGAGUAAACGGCCCCAAAAAGAAAGCUGCAGCUUCGAGCUCCCACAUCAGCACAAACCACACAUGGGACAACGAAGACUGGUAG